GCGCCUGCGCUCUGCAGUUCGAGUUCUUGCGACCGUCGUUCUUUUCUUUCUCUGCCCAUGGUGGUCGCUAAUUCCUGAGCACCACUUAGGCCCCUGGUCGGCAGAACUUCAUGUCGGAUUCCUUAUGGAGUCUAUUCCGGCUACACGUGUUAACACUGGCAUCAGUUUUCACAUCUGAGAAGUGAGAAUGAGAUUGAUUCUGCACUGUUUGCUUUAACAGCAAUUGAUAUCCCUAAUGGAAUGUGCUAAUUGGUGAGUUUAAUCAAAUACUAUCAACCUCGACUAACAUUGAGGAGACUAAGCAUCUUCUAGCAAACUGGCCAUGAUUAUUUCUUGUUUCCACCCAAUUGGCACUACCAAUUGUAACUCCACAGAGGUGUGUCUUUAAAGUGCACUCUAGAACUUGAGCAAUACUUCAGGUCAACACAGUGUAGGUGUCGAUUUUCAUACCUGAGGAAUGGGAGCUGGAUAGAUUCUGUGCAGAAUUUGCUCUGACGGCAGAGCUUUUCACAUUUGCCUGUGGUCUCCACAAAGGAAAACACAUGAGCCCAUUGUAACUGAAGAUGGCUAAGGAGCUCUAGAGUUGAACCAAGUUCCAAAAAUGGUGUAACUGGCUCUUCACGUCACUGCUGAAGAUGGAGAUGGUUGUCACACUGGAUGCUUGGCUGUAUCCUUGAACGAUUCAUUGACAGCAAUUACCAUUGACGAAGUCUUGGAAUAUUGCUCAUUGAAUUGUGCAAGUGAACAGCUAUUGAAAAUACAGUCAUUGCUGACAGACAGCUAUUGGCUUUUUCUUGUGACUUGUGGAGUUUCUGACAAACAACUUAAAUCUACUGUUCUCAUCCAAUGAGAAAAGAAGAUGGCAGUACAAAAAGCAGAUGAGAGGAAGAAAUGUCAUAACUUUAGUGAUGAAGAUCUCGACAUACUUCUCAAUGAGGUGGAGGCGAAGCGUCACAGGCUUCUUGGUUACGAUAAGCGCAGGGCACCUAGAAAAGUUAGCAUCUUGGCAUGGAAGGAGGUUGCAGAGACUGUGACUGCUAACAGCACCAUUCCAAGGACUGCAGAGCAAUGUCGAAAGAAAUUGAAUGAUUUAACACGAUCUGCCAGGAUUAAGAUGGCUCAUAAUGCCCAGGAGCGUUUAUUGACCAGGGAUGGUGGUGUGGCAUUUCUGAAGGAUCUUAAUGAAUAUGAAGAGAGGGCCAGGCAGCUUGUGGGAGUCAGUAAUAGUUCAGUGUCUGGUAAUCAAGCAGACAUUGGAAUGGGGAGAGGAGCGCAGCCGUCUUUGGAUACACCCUCUGGAGAUGGCAGUGAGUCAGUAGCAGCAACCAGUAUUGUUGAAAGGAGACCUGCAGAUGACAUUGAGCCACGGGUCAAAGAGGAGGAAAGCGUGACUGUAAUUGAGCUAAAAGAGGAAGUGGAAUGGCAUCCAGACGAACAGGAAGCUGUGCACCCUGGCUGGGAGGGCAAGCGAAGUGGCACUGUUACUCCUGUUUCCACGUUGCACCUACAGGAUGCUGAUGUGGGGGGUAUGCAAUCUUGGGACAAUAUUCAGAUCGCCACCUCGCCAUCUCCUGGCCCCUCUUGCUCUGAGCGAGGCACAGAUAGAUGUCACCCAGCCAUCCAUGAACCUGAUGCCACAGGGUUAGUGGGAGGAUGUGUAAUAGACAGGUCCGAAAUGUCGAGUGGUGAGGGACCUCCAACAGUUCAAGCACUUGAUCCGUCAUCCUCGGUGACACGUGGACCACUUCAGCCCCAUGUUGAGACUUCAGUAGAAGAGGUGGAAGAGGUCUUUGUUGCAGGCUUGAGGGACAUACUGGUGGCUCAGCAUGACAGGCAGCUAGACUCUUUGGAUUUGAUCAGACAGGAAAUGACAGGUCUUUGUCAUGAGGUGAGGGAGUUGAAGACAGCUCUUUGUCAGGAGGUGAGAGAUUUGAAGACAAGUCUUUGUCAUGAGGUCAGGGAGUUGAAGACUAGUCUUUGUCAGCAACUGGCCCUUUCUAUUCAAAAACUUACAGAUGCUUUGACUGCUACAAAGCAAAUCCAGCACUAUCAGGAUGCUGCAAGUGACCUUAACCAGAUACCAAUACAAACACCGACACAUGCUGCUGGUAUGGCAGUAACACAAAUGAGCCCAAUAGAACCAUUCUUGAUGGGUCCACGUACAGAAACAGUUCAUGAACUAGCAGCUACAUCUGUGAUGGAUGCUGCUUCUGGGCAGCAGCACCCCAACGACGAGUUAUCUGUUGCCGGACAUGGCAUUGGCACAAGAGGGGUCCGAUCACGGGUACGGGGAAGACGCAGGAGGCAUUAGGGUUCCAGCUCUGAUUAAGUGGACUUUUUCUAAUUCCCGCUUAGUGGUCCUCAGCCAUAGAACACAGUGCAAAUUUUGUUUUGAGGAAAUGUUUAUUUAUUGAAUUAUAUUUAUAAUUUACUGUACAUGUUCUAUUUGAGUCUAUUUUUACCCAUUAAUCUGUAGUCAUUCUAAACUGUACAAAAUUGUAUUAACAGGAAGCAUUUUAAUAACUAAUCUACACAAGUCUUGCACUAAGCAGCUGAAGUUGACAUUGUUCAGCCAUAACUACCUCAAAUAUCCAGCAAUGAACCUUCGCUGCUAAAAUAAAAUGUCACUUGUUUUACUUUA